GAGAAUAAUGUUCAGUUCUGUACUAUGAGCAGGAAAUAGCUUAAGCUGCUCUCGAAAAUAAUCCACGUUAUCGUGAAUUUAACGUUAAUUUUGAUCUAUUGCUGCUUCUCAUUCAUUUACUGAUGUACAAAAAAUAUUUGAAGAUAUUGUGCCUCUAUUUUUGUAUCAUUGAGCGACGCUUAAUGUUGCUUGCGGGAAAACCUGUGCACGAAGCUCAGUCGAAGAACACGGGCAUUUCAGUUAACAGUUUACGAAACGUUUUGUGUGUUCCACACGAUUUACAACCCUCGCCACACCGCAAUUUACUUUUUUGUGACCACCUGAAGCAGCCACCAUGUCACUGGCUGACGAGCUGCUCGCUGACCUGGAGGAGGAUCACGGGGAUGAUGAGCUGCAGGACAACAAAGAUGCCCUGGCCACCAUCAAAGAGGAGGAAAAGAUGGAGACUGAGGAUGCUGCAGCCACUAAUGGACCAGCAUCUGGCUCCGUCCACUCUCUGCUCAAGCUCGCCAAUUCACAAAGGCUAGCAGAAAUGAUGGAAUCAGUGGAACGCUUCUUUGCUACAGAGCGUAAGGCCGAGGAGAUGGUCGGUCCCGUCGAGGCGGACCCCGAGUAUCGACUGAUCGUCCAGGUGAACCAGAUGGCCGCAGAGUUUGACACGGAGAUCGGCAUCAUCCACAAGUACUGUAAGGACCUGUACGGCCGCCGAUUCCCCGAACUGGACUCACUCGUGGUGGGGCCUCUCGACUACAUGAUGACCGCCAGAGAGCUGGCUAACGACCUGGAGCGGGUCAAAAACAACGACCAGCUGCAGCAGAUCCUCACUCAGGCGACCAUCAUGGUGGUGUCGGUCACCGCCUCCACCACACAGGGUGAGCCGUUGCCCGAGGCUGAUCUGGCACGUCUGAUGGAAGCCUGUGACCUGGCACUGGAGCUGAACCGACAAAAACUGCGCAUCUACGAGUACAUCGAGUCGCGGAUGACGUUCAUCGCUCCCAAUCUGUCGUCGGUCGUCGGCGCGGCCACCGCAGCCAAACUCAUGGGUGCCGCCGGAGGUCUGACCGCUCUCUCCAAAAUGCCCGCCUGUAACAUAAUGCUGGUGGGAGCCGAAAAGCGGACCCUCUCCGGAUUCUCACAGGCCAACGUGCUACCACACACCGGAUUUAUCUACUACUCGCCGAUUGUUCAGGACUUGCCGCCGGAUCUGCGCCGCAAGACGGCACGCGUGGUGUCAGCCAAGGUGGCACUGGCGGCGCGGGUAGACAGCUUCCACGAGUGUCCUUCAGGCCACGUCGGCAGAGGUCUCCGGGAUGAGAUCGAACGGAAACUGGACAAAAUGCAGGAGCCGCCGCCGGUGAAGGCCGUGAAGCCGCUGCCGGCGCCCAUCGAUAUGCCGGGGAAGAGGCGCGGCGGCAAACGAGUGCGCAAGAUGAAGGAACGCUACGCCGUCACAGAGAUGAGGAAACAGGCCAACAGGAUGACAUUUGGAGAGAUUGAGGACGACGCCUACCAGCAGGACCUGGGCUACACUCGCGGUAACAUCGGUAAAGGUGGCACCGGGCGGAUCCGAGCCGCGCAGAUCGAUGAAAAGACCAAGGUACGAAUCUCAAAAACACUACAGAAGAGCCUGCAGCGCCAACAAAACUACGGAGGAACCACCACCGUGAAGAAACAGGUGGCUGGCACGGCGUCGAGCGUGGCUUUCACUCCUCUGCAGGGUCUGGAGAUUGUGAACCCGCAGGCGGCGGAGAAGAAGGUCUCGGAGGACAACGCGCGCUACUUCUCCAGUGUGGCCGCAUUCGCCAAGGUGGAACGAAGCUGAGGGAGACGACAUUUGAGUCGGGUGGAGUCCACUGUUGGAAUGGGCCUGCGUGGGGCCCGCCUGACACUGUACUAAGCGUUGACCUAUGCCAGCGGUAGGUCAGUCUUGCCGUGUGACAUUGUUCAUGACGUCAGUCGUGAGCCUGUCAGUCGUGAUUUUGUCAGCCUGGCACGUGCUGUGUUUACCUGGUUUAUUGCAAGUCCUUCACAUAAGCAUUAGCCGGCCUUCCAGCUCCGAAGAACAGCAAGUCGGACCAAAAGAACCGACGCUAAUAGCCGAACCUGACUGGUGCGUCGUCAAAGAGCCAAUAAAACCGACAAUGUCCAAGUCAGAUAUCUGAUUUUUGGAGCCAGAAAUCAGGUGUCAAGUUGUCAUACUGGACAACAAGCAAUCUGUCAGGUUCGUAUGUCAGAUGUCAUGCCAUGUCAGUUAAUGAGUCGCCUGUGAUGCUGUGCUGAACUAGCGUUGGUGUAGACACGUGGCAUCCUGUUCAUAUCUCGCUGGAAGUUCGCUGUGACAGUCUGAUACGGAACUGGGAUGGACGCCGAAUAUGAGAUCUAGGCGUGCGGACCGCUUUUCUAAACUGGCCAGAGUGUGAGUUCAACUCCGAUAUAUGUGCGAACUGGCAUCGAUGAGAGAGUGUGGCUGCUAAACUCAAACGUGAGUGUGAACUCUUUACCAAGAAGUGUGGCCCAGAGUCCGAUGCGAUUCUGUGGGCUCGACCGCCGGUCCUUUCCAUGUCUACCGUCUUACCGGUGAUGUACGAAAUACAACUGCUAAAUGA